GGCAAUCACGAGCCAACUAUUAAAAUUAUUUUAUCAACACUGUGCUGUUGGACCCUCAGAACAACCCUCUGCAGUGGACACCGUUACCCAGAUUUAACUAGUGGUGCUGUAAUUUUGUUUUCUCAUCUGUAAACUGGGGUAUCACGUACCUGUAAAUCUGUGCUAUGCUAAAAUGGGAAGGGGAGUGGGAAGGGAUGAGUAUGGGAAGGGAAGAAAGGAGGUGAAGUAGGUGAUUUAGGGGUGGGUAGGCUAAGGGAGCUUUUCGGGAAAAGGAAAGAAGAGAGUUGAGAGAGACAGGAAGGGUAGGGAGGGGAAAGAUUACAGCUGAAGGAAAGAACUAUUAGUAGGUUACUGUCCAGAAGGACUCACCUGGGGUAGAAAAGAGUGAGGUAUUAUUUUGCCCGGCUGCGAGUCAUUCCUAACUUUCUCCCGCUCCUUCAUUUCCUACAUCUAGUUAGUCUCCACAUCCUCAUUUCUGUGACUGUUUGCUCAUUGUUCACAUCGCAGUUGCCUUUGGUUGGCCCUCGGCAUCUCUCACCUCGCCCAGAGCAACCAGCUAUUUCCAGGCUCAAACCACUGCCUUAUUUCCCACAUCACCCCCAGGGGGAUCCUGGCCUGGCUCCUGGGUCACUGGGGCUUUACUUCCUAACCCUUCACCGCAUACUCAACAUGCACCAGGCUUAAUGAACUGCUUGUCCCAUUGGCCGGGUCCUUUCACUCCUUUAUUCCUUCAUACAAGCUGUCCUUUUGUCUCUGCCUCUGGAAAACCCUUACUUACCCCUCGACCCUCACCUCAGGGAUCCUCUCCAGACUCUAACUGCCUCUGCUGCUUUCAUCUGAAAUGGCUGACUUGGUUUUUCGCCUUUUAAACCGAUUGAGCUAAUUAGCCACAGGGUGGCGGCAUCACACCAGGGACUUGACUGCUCGAAUGAAGGACACCUGUGAUUUCAGUUUAAAUUCUAACCGAGCAUGGAUCUUGGAUGUGGAGUUCUAGAACAAGAAGGGACGAACUCUGUGGUCCGUUUGGUCUAGUGGUUUUCAGAAACACUGUCAUGAAGCCCUGAGAGUUCCUGGGAAUUCUGUCACCUGCUUCAAACAAAACUUAUUUUACAGCCAGAGCUUUGAAUCUAGUCCAGUCCUUUCAUUUGCCAAAUGGGAAGCUGGAGCCCAGAGAGAUGGCUUGUCUACAAGGUGGCUUGUAGUAGGGCUGGCCGGAGAAGGGCAGCCUAGCCUUAGUAUUUCCCAUUUCUCUGGCUUGCAGAGUUCCCAGUGCCGUCACAGACCUCACAGGUCUCACAGGUUUACCCCAAAGACUGUGGUGAAACUUGGUAAGAGUUUGAAGCAAAGGACAUUCUUGCCUUGUCAUUUUGUUACUUUGCAACCACUCUUGUUGGCAAUACAAUAAUAAUACAGAAUAUAAUAUGCUAUAUUUUCAUACCAGUAUGUUUUAUAACCAUCUAAAAUAAGCUCUAAGCUAAGGUCAGUGUCUGCAUUUGGAACUCACUCAUCUUCGUCCAGCUCUUGUGGGUUUUUCAAGCACUGGACACAGGGUUCCGUAGCCUAAACAACUCUUGGUUCUUGCCUUUGGAAGAAGUCUAGUAGGAGUUGGUGGGAGAGACAGAUACACAAGUGGAAAACUCAUUAUAUAAUGUGAUAAGCACAGUGAGGAGGAAGGCAUGAACUUGAGUCUGAAACUACUGGCUUACAGCAGAGCACUCUUCUACUUUUUUCAUUUUAAGCCUUCAGAAAGUACUCAUGCCUGUUGUGGACAACAAAAGUUGUCUGCCCGAGGCACACGUUGUGAGGGAAGGCAGAACUGUGUAUUUUCUCCUCAGGAUUGAGGAGGAAAGAAUUUCUAAAGUGGAGAACAUGUUCUUAAUUUUCACUUUUCUAUAAAUAAAGCCACCCAGCCCCUCAGAUCUUCGCUUCGUCUGCCCUGUCCCUCAGAUUACUUUCUUUGAAGACAAAAACUUUCAAGGCCGCCACUAUGACAGCGAUUGCGACUGUGCAGAUUUCCACAUGUACCUGAGUCGCUGCAACUCCAUCAGAGUGGAAGGAGGCACCUGGGCUGUGUAUGAAAGGCCCAACUUUGCCGGGUACAUGUACAUCCUACCCCGGGGCGAGUACCCCGAGUACCAGCACUGGAUGGGCCUCAACGACCGCGUCAGCUCCUGCAGGGCUGUUCAUCUGUCUAGCGGAGGCCAGUAUAAGAUUCAGAUCUUUGAGAAAGGGGAUUUUAAUGGUCAGAUGUACGAAACCACUGAAGACUGCCCUUCCAUCAUGGAGCAAUUUCACAUGCGAGAGGUCCACUCCUGUAAGGUGCUGGACGGUGCCUGGAUUUUCUACGAGCUGCCCAACUACCGCGGCAGGCAGUACCUCCUGGACAAGAAGGAGUACCGGAAGCCCGUCGACUGGGGUGCGGCGUCCCCAGCUGUCCAGUCUUUCCGCCGCAUCGUGGAGUAAUGAUGUGGACUGGGCCAUGACCUUCUUCCUAGGGGCCAAAUGCUGGCUGGCCUGUUCGUCCAAAAAAGCAUCAUAAAUAAAACAAUUGGCAUGCAUUCCACUCUUUACUGUAACGCCUCUCCUUAAACACUUUUAGGGACCAGUAAAGUAGCACCCGCCACAGCGGGCAGUUACACAAAGCAGCUCAUCCUUCAGAUUACCUGUCUAUAUCUUUGUGCCAAACAAAAUGGGACUGCAUUAAAAGGUUCGAAAAUCA